AUGAUGAUCUUUCUCAGAUACGGGGCAGAAAAGUACUGUUUGAUGAAGAUGACAAUAGGUACACCAAAAACACCAUCAUCAAAAAGCAGGAGGACUCCAGCAUCUACCCCCGGUGGCCCAAAAGUGCAGGAGGAGAAAAUUUUAGUGACUGUUCGAGUAAGGCCACUAAGUGCAAAAGAAUUAGCUGCCUAUGAUCUUGUUGCAUGGGAGAUUACAGAUGAAAAUACUAUUGUAUCGAAGAAUCUAUACCACGAGCGGCAUGCAGGACCAUAUACAUUUGAUAAGGUUUUUGAUCCGACUUGCUCAACCAGGAAGGUUUAUGAAGAAGGGGCAAGAGAUGUAGCACUCUCUGCUCUUAGCGGAAUCAAUGCAACAAUCUUCGCAUAUGGGCAGACUAGUAGUGGAAAGACAUUCACCAUAAGAGGCAUAACUGAAAAUGCUGUCAGAGACAUUUAUGAGCACAUCAAUACUAAUCCGGAGAGGGAAUUUGCUCUUAAGUUCUCUGCCUUAGAGAUUUAUAAUGAGACUGUUGUAGAUCUCUUGAACAGAGAAUCUGGCCCCCUUCGCCUGUUAGAUGAUCCUGAGAAAGGGACGAUCGUGGAGAAGUUAAUUGAAGAGGUUGUCAAGGAUGAUCAACAUUUGAGGCACUUAAUUAGUAUUUGUGAAGCCAACAGGCAGGUGGGUGAAACUUCUCUAAAUGAUAAAAGUUCAAGGUCACACCAGAUAAUUAGGCUGACCAUCCAAAGUAGUCUCCGAGAAGAUUCAAGGUGUGUGAAAUCCUUUUUGGGAAGUUUGAAUCUUGUGGAUCUAGCCGGGAGUGAGCGUGCAAUUCAAACAAAUGCUGAUGGUACAAGAUUGAAGGAAGGGAGUCAUAUAAAUAGAAGCUUGCUAACUUUGGCAAGUGUAAUUAGGAAGUUAAGCGGGGGAAAGAGGGGCCACGUUCCUUACAGGGAUUCAAAACUCACUAGAAUAUUGCAGACUUCAAUUGGAGGAAAUGCAAGAACUGCUAUAGUUUGCACCAUCAGUCCUGCUUUAAGUCAUGUGGAACAAUCCCGAAACACGCUCUCAUUUGCGACUAGUGCAAAGGAAGUUACCAAUACUGCCCAAGUUAACAUGGUUGUUGCCGAGAAGCAAUUAGUGAAGAACUUGCAGAAGCAAGUUGCCAGGCUUGAAGCAGAGCUCCAAAUCCCCGAGCCAACUGCUUCUUCAAGUUUAAGGUCUCUACUGAGGCAAAAGGAAUUGAAAAUCCAGCAGAUGCAGAUGGAGAUUAAUGAGCUACAGCGUCAAAGGGACUUGGCACAAUCUCAACUCGAGCUGGAAAGAAGCGCGCACAAGCAGCCAAAAGCAUCGGACCAUCAUGGGCCUUCUCGCCAAGUAGUUAAAUGCCUCUCUUUUAAUAAAGAGGAUGAAUCAGUUUCUUCUCGGCAUGGCUCAAAAGCCAAAGCAAGAAACUUGGGGAGCAAGGCAGUCAGGCGGUCGACUACUUCUUCUGAUAUCCUAGUAGAGGAGAUCCGGAAGCUAGAGAUGAGGCAGAGGCAGCUUGGUGACGAAGCCAGUCGAGCGCUUGAUCUUCUUCUCAAAGAAGUUGCAUCUCAAAGGCUCGGAAGUGAAGAUGCUGCUGAAACUAUUGCAAAACUUCUAUCUGAAAUCAAGGAAUUGCAUGCAGCAAGUUCCAUUCCAGAAAAGAUCGAGAUCAGAGAUAAGGCUACAUUGAAAGAAGAAAUAGCUCGAUUGAAUUCUCAAGAAAGCAACAUAGCAUUUUUAGAAGAAAAGCUGGAGAAUGUCCAGAGAUCGAUAGACAAGUUGGUCAUGUAUUUUCCGAGUGGGGAGGAUACUCCAGCUUUAAAGACUUCGUGGAAAAAGAAAAAGGUUCUUCCAUUCACCUUGAGCAAUACGGCCAACAUGCCGAAUCUAAUAAGAUCUCCGUGCUCCCCUAUGUCGUCAUCUUGUAAAUCAGUGGAAUAUGGAAAUGAAAACAGAGCCCCCGAGAUGGACAAUCCUAUUGUUUUGGGUGAUCAUGCAUUCCAAGGACAAAAAGGCACUCCUUGUAGUGAACAAACUAGUUGCCUCUCGUCCAGAGAGGGUACUCCCGCUCAAAAGCAGCCGAGUUCUGUCAGUGUUAAAAAACUACAAAAGAUGUUUAAGAAGGCAACUGAGGAGAAUAUUCGUAGUAUUAAAGCUUAUGUCACUGAGCUGAAAGAACGUGUAGCGAAGCUACAAUACCAAAAACAGCUUCUUGUUUGCCAGGUGUUGGAGAUGGAGGCAAAUGAAGCUUCAAGUGAUGAGGUCGAGAUGAUUGAUCAAUCUCCCAUGUCAUGGAGCUUGGUGUUUGAGGAUCAGAGGAAGGAGAUUAUUAUGCUGUGGCAUUUGUGCCAUGUCUCGAUUGUUCACCGCACUCAAUUUUAUUUGCUAUUUAAAGGAGACCCUUCAGAUCAGAUAUAUGUGGAAGUCGAACUUAGAAGGUUAAAAUGGUUGGAACAGCAAUUAGAUGACCUUGGUAAUGCCAGCCCCGCACUCUUAGGUGAUGAUCCUGCGAGCUCAGUAUCCUCAAGCAUCAAGGCGCUUAAACAGGAGAGGGAAUAUCUAGCAAAGAGGGUGAGCUCGAAAUUAACUGCAGAAGAGAGGGAGUUGCUUUAUUUGAAAUGGAAUAUUCCACCCGAAGGAAGACAAAAGAGGCGGCUGCAACUUGUAAAUAGACUGUGGACAGAUCCUCUGAAUAUGCAUCACGUACAAGAAAGCGCUGAAGUUGUUGCAAAGCUUGUUGGAUUCUGUGAGUCGGGGGAGCCCGUUUCUCGGGAAAUGUUUGAGCUCAAUUUUGUUCCCCAUUGUGAUAAGAAGACAUGGAUGGGUUGGAAUUUGAUAUCUAAUCUUUUACAUUUGUAA